ACCGAGUCCAGUUCUGAAAAUGUCUGCCAAGCUAUUCGUUGUGCUGGUUUCGAUGGCCGUUUGGAACAACGCUCUGGUGAACAGCCAGGAGACCGGGCUGCCGCCGGCGGAGGACCUGUCGGCAGCAGAUGUGGCGGCGCAACACACGGCCGUGGUGGUGCGCGUACUGCAGCAGCGUGCGGCCAGCGUGCCGGCCGAGAACGGUGCCGCCGUCGCAGCCGUUCUCGCGGAAGCGGAACAGCAGCUGGAAGCGUGCGCCGCAGCCUUGGAACUCCACCAGCAGGUCUGGCAGUACAAGGUGUGUGCGUCGGUCGUACAGCGCCAGGGUUUGGCCAGUCUGCAGGCCCUCCAGGCAACCGCUGGCGCAUCAUGAUCAUCGGGACCGAUCGGGACCG